GCACCCGUUCCCACGGUCUGAUGUGGUUUGCUUCCUUUGUACCGGUUCGGUCUAGAACGAUUUCAGCGCGUCAUCUUGGAUAAAUAUGGAAUGGUCAAAUAAAGUCAUUAUGGAGUUUUUGGAUUUGUACGAGGGGGAACCUUCCAUCUGGAAUCUGCAUCAUGCGGACCACAAGGAUAGGAACAAUAUAUAUGAAGCUUGGAAGCGAAUCCAAGGUAGCAUCAGUGUUGACUGUUCUCUAAAAGAGCUGAAAAAGAAGAAAGAAGCUUUGAUGGCGACUUACAGGAAGUUGGCGUUAAAAGUAAAAAAAAGUUCCAAAAAUCACACUAGAACUGAAGAAGCGUUCAAGCCAAAAUGGUUUGCCUACGAGAAAAUGGAAUCAUUUUUGCACAGUAUCUAUGAACCAAGGAAAACAAAAAUGCCUGAUAAGGGACCAGAAAAUGAACGGGAUGAUCCACCCACUAAUGAACACCCAACACCUGAUUCAGUAGAAUCUUCUGACAUAAACACUGCAUCCCACGAUGAAGAAACUCAUAUCACUGCAGGAACGGAAGCAGCUGCAAUUGAUCAAGGGGGACUUCCAUCAAGCAGAAAAAGAAAAGCCGAUAUGACAGGAAACGUUGAGAAGCGCAAGGACGAGGAUUCUUUGUUUGAACACGUUGCUAAUAAAUCAAAACCAGCAAACGAUGAAUGCUCUUUAUUUUGUGAUCUAUUAUGUUUGAAAUUGAAAGCGCUAGAUGACGACACUCGCGAAAUAGCAAUGCACGAAAUCAACAAUUUGAUGUUUAAUUUCAAAAUACCCAAGCUUCGUCAGUCCUACUGGUCAUAUACUCACAACUAUCGACAACCUCGACGUGCUAAUCCAGUUGAAUCAUCGGUCGAUGGGUCUGAUGAUAAUUCUGUUUCGUCGCAUACCUCGCAUGGGCAUAAUCCUCCAGCUGCAAGUACACCGUAAUAUGGUCUCAUUGACAACAAAAUUGAACUGCCGUUUUAAAAACGCAGCCCAACAUUUUCACACAUUCAAUGCUGUUUAAAAAAUUAUUGUUGAUAUUUUUAAAAUUAAGU